UAACAAAAAACAAAAAAAAUAAUAAUGAAUUAUCUUGAUUAUAAAAUUGAUCAUCCAUUGGUACCUGAUUCAAUUUUUUAUAUACCAAAUUUUAUCGAAUCAGAUGAUGAACGAAAAUUAAUUGAUCAUAUUAAACAAGCACCAAAACCUAAAUGGCAAUAUCUUUCGAAUCGUAGUUUACAAGUUUAUGGUGGUUAUCCAAAUAAAAAUGGAAUGUUGGCUGAAGAUUUACCACAGUGGCUACAAGUUUAUGCAAAUAAAUUACAACAAAUGAAUAUUUUCGAUGGUAAUCUACCAAAUCAAGUAUUGAUCAAUCGUUAUGAACCUGGUCAAGGAAUAUUAGCGCAUGAAGAUGGACCAUUAUAUUAUCCAGUAGUGGCUACAAUCAAUACAGGAUCACAUACUGUUUUAAAUUUUUAUGAAAAAUUAUCCACAUCCAAUGAAUGUUCACGAAAAUAUCGUUUCUCUUUAUUAUUAUGGCCACGUAGUUUAUCAAUUUUAAAACAAGAUGCUUAUCAAAAAUAUCUACAUGAAAUCGAAGAAAUUGAUGAAGAUAUAAUUCCUAUCAAUGAUGAUGAUGAUCAAACAUUAACAGAUAAAAAAAUUGUUAAUUUAUAUUUGAUUGAUAAAUACAAAUCAAUGUUAGAAAAUAAUUGUUUACGAAGACAAACACGUUAUUCAUUAACAAUACGUUUUGUUCCUAAAUGUCAUAAAUUAAAAUUGAAUAAAAUAUUU